AUAGAUUUCUAUCUCUCCGUGUGCAAAACCGCCGCACACAAUACAAUUCUUCCAACGAAAUAUUUUGUUCAAUUCUGACGAUCGGAACAGGCAGGAUGAUGAUCAAACUGAGCAAAAUCGUGGGACUUCUGAACAGGACAGUAUCAAACCAUGGCACGAGGUGGGGAAUCACAAAUAUAGGUAAAAGACAGCUUCACGCGGCCGCAAGGGCGGCUGCCAAUCGGCAAGCCAGGGUUGAGCUGGCGGUGGCACACAGGCAGAUGGACAGUUUGGGAUUCAGUGAAGGUGUAUGCAAUCAUCUCACAAUGAUGGCACCAGCUACCGACAGAGAUGGUGAAGUCAUGCUGGUUUGCGCUCACGAAACGCAUUGGAGUAAGGUCACGGCGUCGUCUUUAGUUGGCCUCGAUGAAGACAUGUCUGUCGUUGAGGACUUCAUAGGUGGCCAGAAGGUUGACGUGGCAGCGGCCACUAUUCACAGUGGUAUCAGGAAAGUAAGGAAGGAAUUAAAGUGUGUCAUGCAUGCCCACCUUCCAUAUGCCACUACGCUAGGCAAUAUCAAGGAAUCGCGGCUGUUAAUGAUACAUCAGAACAUGCUACGCUUCUACAAGGGUGUUGCUUAUGAUGAAAAUUACGACGGCUGGGCCGAGUGCGUGACGGAGGGACAGCGGCUUGGAGAGUGUCUCGGGAAGGACAAUGACAUACUGAUGAUGUGCAACCAUGGUGCAAUUACUACUGGAGGGAGGGUGGCAGCUGCUUUCGACAAGAUGUACUACUUGGAGAGGGCAGCUAUGUUCCAGGUGAUGGCUCUCUCAACUAAUCGUGAGCUACGAAUGAUCCCCGAAGACAUCUGCCGGAAGACGUAUGAACUGUCUCGGCAUGGAAUGGAACGCUACAUAGAUGCACAUUUCACUGGUGUGAUGAACGUGGUAACCAGUGUCACACCAGAUGUCUUGGAUUGAAUUUUUGAUGGCUGUACUAAAGGAAAAAGCAAACUAAUGAAUGGGACAACAUCCAAACAUAUUGUAUUUACUACGCUCAACUACAUGUAGUCCAAAUAAAUAAUUUGUGAUCUUGAUUGGAUCCCUUUACUUGUAAAUGGAGUCAUUUGAUAAUAAGAUCAUGAUAUCAAAA